CCAUCACCGCCCGACUUUUCCUACUUCGUCGUGCUCUCCUUCAGCCUAAACCCUAAGUGGUCGGUAGCAGCGACGCGCCGAAGAUGACUUUCAAGCGUAGGAACGGCGGACGCAACAAGCACGGCCGCGGCCACGUUAACUUCAUCCGCUGCUCCAACUGCGGCAAAUGUUGCCCCAAGGACAAGGCAAUCAAGAGGUUUCUCGUGAGAAACAUAGUGGAGCAGGCCGCAGUGAGGGAUGUGCAAGAGGCAUGUGCUUAUGAUGGGUACAUGCUUCCAAAAUUAUACAUCAAGAUGCAGUAUUGUGUCUCUUGUGCAAUCCACUCGAAGGUUGUCAGGGUGAGGUCUCGCACCGACAGACGGAACCGUGAGCCACCGCAGCGUUACAGACGCCGGGAUGAUCUUGCAAGACCUGGACAAGGUCCUCGUCCCGCUGGUGCUGCAACAAAUCCUCCACGUCCAUGACGCAGUGGCUUUCCGAGUGGAUAGUCAUUUUAUUAACCUUUUGAUUAGCACCUUAGUAUUAAGGAAAACUUGCUUUUUAUUGGUUAUGAUCUUUACUUUCUACUUCCAAGACAAAAAUGGUCCUUGCUGGAGUUAAAUUGUUUUUCCCAUUUGUACUUUUUGAGUUGGGUGCAUUUUUUUAUUAUUGCUGGAAUAUUGUGCCUUUUUUAAAUUUCUCUUUAAGUGAUGUUUUGAGGUUCUUCA